UUAGGUAAACUGAUACCUGUGAGUAGGCGUGGCCAGGCUGCUACCUGUCAAGGUGUGGUUGCUGGCUUCUUUUUUCUCUGUGUGUAUUUCACUUCGAGGAAACAUCAACCCUCCGACGGACGAAGUUUCAGUACAGAAAGUCCAGCGCAUCAGCGAUGUCCAGCAGGCCCAACGGGAGUCCACCACCCUACGAGUCCGAUGGCUACAACGCGCCGCCCCAGCCGGCGUACUCGUACUACCCAGAUGACGAGUUCCAGCACUUCUACCGCUGGACGUCCCCGCCGGGCGUGCUGAAGAUCAUGGCCAUCAUCGUCAUAGUGCUGUGCGUGGCCAUUUUUGCCUGCGUGGCCUCCACCCUGGCCUGGGAUACCCAGGGGGCGCUCUCAGGCUUCGGCGGCAUCGGCGGCUCCUACGGCGGGAGCUACCCGGGAAGUUACGGCGGCGGGAGCAACUACGGCUCCUUCGGGGGCGGCGCCUACGGACCCGGCAACAACUACGGAUACGCCGGCCUCGGCGGCAACUAUAACGACCCGCGCUCGGCAAAAGGCUUCAUCAUCGCCAUGGCGGCCAUCACCUUCAUCGCCGCGCUGGCCAUCUUCAUCAUCCUGGUGUCUCACCAGAGGAUCUCUGAGAGCAGGAAGUUCUUCCUGGCCGUCAUCAUCAUCUGCGCCAUCUUGGCCCUGCUGAUGCUGAUCGCCGCCAUUGUGUACCUGAUGGCCGUCAAUCCCAUGGCACAGUCGCAAGGCUCGGCCUACGGCAGCCAGAUCGCCGGUCUGUGUGCGCAAUACCAGCGGCCGCAGGUGUCGGGGGCCUUCGUCAACCAGUACCUGUACCACUACUGCGUUGUGGAGCCACAAGAGGCCAUCGCGGUGGUGUUUGGCUUCCUGGUGGCGGUCGCCCUCAUUAUCAUGCUGGUGUUUGCUCUGAAGACGCGUAAGAAGAUCGGCGAGUUUGGCAAAAGCAACAUCUUGUGGAAGCGCGUCAAGGUGCUGGAGGAUGCCGAACCGCCGCAGGACGUCGAGGCCUGGGUGAACGACGUGUCGGUGCCACCCAAUAAUGAAUUUCACAUGGUCGAGGUACCGGAGAAGCUACGCAGCUCGCGGAGUCACCUGGACAAUGACGACGACCGCAGCACCAACUACAGCAAACCCGUCUACGGCUACACGCCACCUUCGGUGGAGGACGAGCAGCCGGUUCGUAACGGCGUUCCUUACGGCGUCAACUCGGACGUUCCCGGCAGAGCCAACAGGAGGCGCGGGGACCCCGACGCCGAUUACGCCUCUUCGGGAGACGAGCUGGAUGACGACGAUGCCGACUUCUACAGCGAGUUCCCGCCCAUCCCCAACGAGCAGGAACGGAACGAGUACAAGCGAGAGUUCGACCGCAAUCACAACGAGUACAAAGACCUCCAGGCCGAGCUGGACGCCGUCAACAAAAAACUCAGCGACAUCAACCGAGAACUGGAUGAGCUGCGGGAGGGGAGCCCACAGUACCUGGAUGCCCUGGAGGAGUACAACCGAAUCAAGGACAUGAAAAAGUCAUCAGAUUAUCGCGCCAAAAAAAGGCGCAGCAAAUACCUGAAAGCCAAACUCAACCACAUCAAAAAAAUGGUCAGCGACUACGACCGCAGAGCCUGAGAUGCGGCGGUGCGCUUCGGACGUCGUCGCCAUCAGCCGAGCCCGUGGCGUCGUCGUCCUCCGACCGUGUGAUGUCAUCAGAACAAAAUUUUGGAUGGUGAGUGCGAGCUGUCGAUCGUGGUCGGAACCGACAGCCCAAGUCUUACUGCCUGCUAUGAACUCUUUUUAUCCCAAAAGCACAACAAGCUACGUUUAAGUGUUUGUAACUUUUUUUUGCAUGAUACUUUAUUUGUAUUUUCUCAACUGUGUAUGCUUAUUUGUAAUAAUUUGCAUGAAUUUUACCCGGUCUUUUUCUUAUCUCAACUCAGUUCACGUGUAUCAAGUGGGCUGUUUUUUUAACUAAGUACUUUUACUCUGGUCUCUGAGUUAGUUUUUAAUUUUUUAUAUGACAAUAAAAUGUCCACUAGAUGUA